AUGAAUACAAAGACUCCAGAACAAUUGAAUGAUAUCAUCUCACUCGCAUUCUUUGAACCACAAAGCGGAGACCACGUAGAAACAAAGUUACUGCGGAUUUUCAAUUUUCUCAAAGAAAUGAAGAAAAAUCCGCCGGAGAGUUAUAUGGACUUUAUGAGACUUCAAUUAAACUUGUGGCCCGCUCUAGUCUGUUUCUUUGUUGCAGUAUUCACUUUUACACUUGUGUUUAUCUCGUUUAAGAGAUGGCGAAUUAUCCCAUCACUCCUCUGUUUGUCUGCAAUGUUCUUCUGUCAGUCCUUAACACGACUUUUUGUGUUGCCCCUUCCAUUGCUUGAUCUUGUCCAAUUGGGAGUGGUCUUCAUGUCUGGACUUUUCCUUCUCGCGUUCUUCUUUUUCAAUGUGAAAUUGAACAUUUUUGGAUAUAUCGCGUGUUUGAUACUCAACAACUUGUACCAAAUGGCUUAUUCUUUCUUCGACACAAACGCGGUCUUAUUACUUCCUUACGUCGUCAUAGCGGUGUUUUCUCUCUUUAACCCACCUUCACAUUCAAAGACUUUCCGAUAUGUUUCACUGUGUUAUAUUUUGUUACAGUUCUUCAUCAUGUUUAAAGACGUGUUGGCGAUUGACUUGAGUGUGUUUUACUAUGCCUUCCACGUUCCGUUGAUCUUCUACGUGUGGAGUAAUGUUGGGAAAAAGACGCUCCAAUUGAAACAACAAGAAAACAAGGAGAAACUUAAAAAUUCAUAA